AUGGCUCCACCAGGAAUGGCAUCGGAUUAUGUACGUCCUCCUUCAGCUUUUAUUGGUCCCAAUGUUGUCAUGCCUCCUCCACCUUCACCGAAGCAGAAGGAAAUCAUCAGUUGGAACACACUUAGUUUGAUGUGUCUGUGCUCCUUGGCAAUUUUCGGUAUUGGUGUCGGUCGUAUGCUGGAAGGCGCAAAAUGGGCGAUUGGAGUCGAGUUGGCCUACGCUCUUCUGGUGAUGGUCGCUGGACUGUCGGGAAUUUAUGCAGUGACGAAACGAAGGCUAUGCGCUGGCUACUCUCUUAUUCUUGUCUGGACGCCAUUCAGCCUUUUCCCAACAAUACCAUGGGCAUUCACAGAAACUGCUCCAGCGACAUGGAUAAACAAACGAGAACCAUUGGAGUUGGAUUUCGGACUCAGCCUUGUCAUUCUCAUUCAGGUACUUUUGUCACUGGUUAUCUGCAUAAGCGGUUGCCGAUCAGCUGGGGUCCUGUGUGGAAUGGUAGAAGAAGUGAAACUGCAUCGUGAUCUUCAUUCGGCCUUCCAUGAAAUGGAUCUACCUCAGAAGGCAUAG